UUAGGUUUGUUAGUCCGGUGCAGUUUAAAAAGUCAGCUGACAGAAGACACAUUUCUUUCCGCUUUCGUUUUGCGGCUUUCUUUUGUUCAUAAAAAAAGUGUUUUAAGUGAGAAAAAAGUAACAAUGAGUAGUUCAAGUGUUCAAAUUUGUAACCACAGUGAAUAUCAAACACCUCUAUCCACUCGUUAUGCAUCAAAGGAUAUGCGCUAUAAUUUUAGCGAUGAUAACAAAUUUAGCACGUGGCGAAAACUCUGGAUCUAUCUCGCUAAAGCCGAGAUGGAGUUGGGAUUGAGCGUAACGCAAGAUCAAAUUGAAGAAAUGGAGGCCCACGUUAAUGACAUCGAUUAUGAGGCAGCGGCGAAGGAGGAAAGUUUAACGAGACACGAUGUCAUGGCUCAUGUUCACGUUUUUGGAAAAUUAUGUCCAAAGGCAUCGCCUAUAAUUCAUCUCGGUGCCACAAGUUGCUAUGUUGGAGAUAACACCGAUUUGAUUGUUAUGCGAAAUGGAUUCGAUAUUUUGUUGCCGAAAGUUGCGGCUGUACUAUCUCGGCUCUCGAAAUUUGCAAUGGAAUAUCGUUCCUUGCCAACAUUGGGCUUCACUCAUCUUCAACCGGCCCAAUUGACGACAGUUGGCAAAAGGGCAACUUUAUGGAUGCACGAUUUAUUGAUGGACGAAAGAGCGAUUCGCCGUGCCAGGAAUGAUCUCAGAUUUCGGGGCGUUAAAGGCACAACAGGAACUCAAGCAUCGUUUCUUCAAUUAUUUAAUGGCGAUGGUGAAAAAGUAAAGCAGUUGGACUCAUUAGUAACAAAAAUGGCUGGAUUUGAUAAAUACUAUUCCGUAACUGGUCAGACUUAUUCUAGAAAAGUCGACGUUGAAUGUCUUAGUGCUCUGAGUUCUCUUGGUGCUACUGUUCAUAAGAUUUGCAGUGAUAUUCGAAUUCUCGCGAGUAGAAAGGAAAUUGAAGAACCUUUUGAGAAAACGCAGAUAGGAUCGAGCGCAAUGGCCUAUAAGAGAAAUCCAAUGCGCUCUGAGAGAUGUUGCAGCAUUGCACGUCACUUAAUGGUAUUAACAAACAAUGCACUUCAAACGGCUGCGACUCAAUGGAUGGAAAGGACUCUCGACGACUCUGCAAAUCGACGCAUUACUCUUGGAGAAGCUUUCCUAGCUGCCGAUUCUAUUUUGAUGACUUUGCAAAAUAUCUCCGAGGGCUUGGUUGUUUAUCCCAAAGUCAUUGCCAGAUUUGUCUCUCAAGAAUUGCCUUUCAUGUCUACGGAGAACGUUAUCAUGGCUAUGGUCAAAGCUGGAGGCGAUAGACAGGUUUGUCAUGAGAAGAUUCGAGUUUUAUCUCACGAGGCCGGAGCUCAAGUCAAGCAACACGGAUUGGAUAAUGAUCUUGUUGAGAGAAUAAGGAAAGAUCCGUAUUUUCAGCCAAUAAUAGAACAACUCGACAAUCUAUUGGAUCCUUCGACAUUUGUGGGAAGAGCUCCAGAGCAGGUUUUAGAAUUUCUAGAAGACGAGGUGCAACCCGUUCUGAAUUUGUACAAAGAUUUGGAUUUAAAGACAGUCAAGCUAAGUAUUUAGUAGAUCUGUCAAUUUUUGAAUGGAAAAACGAAGGGAAUCAAUAAGUAAUUCUGCAACAAUUGUGAAUAAUAGUUAUGCUCUUUUUUUAUUAAACAACGUAUAAAUUGUCUUUAUAUUCGUUAGAUAAUACACAUAUUUUUUCAUCAAGAAAAGGAAAUUUCACGAUUUUAUUACUAAAUAUCGAUGAAUUAAGUACAAAAUAAACUUUUAAAAAACUUAA